AGCCGAGGCAAGAGAAGAGCUCAGUACUUCCGGGUGGGAGUGAGGUGACCCCGGCUGCCGCACGCUUCUGCGGUGGGGCAGCCAUGGGGGCCCACCUGGCCCGACGCUACGUGGGCGAUGCCUCGGUGGAGCCCGACCCGCUGCAGAUGCCCACCUUUCCGCCGGACCACGGCUUCCCGGACCGGAAGGAGCGCGUGAUGGUGGCCACGCAGCAGGAGAUGAACGACGCACAGCUGACGCUCAAGCAGCGGGACUACUGUGCGCACCACCUCAUCCGGCUGCUCAAGUGCAAGCGCGACAGCUUCCCCAACUUCUUGGCCUGCAAGCACGAGCAGCACGCCUGGGACUACUGCGAGCACCUCGACUAUGUGCAGCGCAUGAAGGAGUAUGAACGUGAGCGCCGGCUGCUGCAGCGAAAGAAGCGACGGGAGGAGAGGGAGGCCCGGGCGGCCCGGGGCCAGGGCUCAGGAGAAGUGGCGCCCGAGGUGGCCCUGUAGUGUCGCCCACCAAGUACCAGUAAAGAAAUAAAAGUGCCCAUUGCUCA